AUGAUGAGUAAUAGCAAUAAUAUUGCUGCUACAGCUAGUACAAUAUCCCAAUUACUAAAUGGAUUCGAUCAUGAUGAUUUGAAUAAUUCAGCAUCUGCUGCUCAUGUUGAAGAUGUUUCAAGUAUAAUGAGAAAUCCUUGGGAUCCAUUCCAUUGUGCUGAUUGGGAUAUGCAACAACCAAGUGCAACUUGCUUAGCACGAAUAAAACGUGAUAUAUGGAGCGUAUUUAAAGAUCCUCCACCGGGUAUGUUUAUUGCCCCGGAUCCUGAUAAUAUUACUAAAAUUCAUGCUCUUGUUGUCGGUCCAUUUGAUACACCAUAUGAAGGUGGAUUUUUUUAUUUUCUAAUUCGUUGUCCACCUGAUUAUCCCAUUCGAGCACCUCGUUGUCGUUUAAUGACUACUGGAAAUAACACAGUUCGUUUCAAUCCAAAUCUUUAUCGUAAUGGUAAAGUUUGUUUAUCUAUUCUUGGUACAUGGAGUGGUCCAUCAUGGUCUCCGGCUCAAUGUAUAUCAUCAUUACUGAUUUCUAUUCAAUCGCUAAUGUCUGAAAAACCAUAUCAUAAUGAACCCGGUUUUGAACAUGAACGCACAUCAGGUGAUUCAAAAACUUAUAAUGAAAUAAUAAAACAUGAAACAUUACGUGUUGCUGUAUGUGAAAUGCUAGAAAAUGAAAAUUCAUGUCCACAACAAUUACGAGAAGUAAUGAUCAAACAAUUUUUUGAUUUCUAUGAUUAUUAUGUUGAAGUAUGUACAGAAAACUUAAAUAAAGAUGGACAACAAAUGAUGGAUCCAUUUGGUGAUCGUCGUGGUCUAUUUGAAUAUGGAUCAAUAUUACAACGUUUAAAAAAAUUAAAAACAAGAUUUGAAUCAUUACAGAAUACGAAUAAUAAUGCAUCUUCAUCACGUUCAUCAUCAAUAUCAAAACAUCCACAUAUUGAUGCACGUACUCGUGAAAUAAUGAAUGAUGCUGCUGCACUUGAUCCAAAUCCAACAUCAAAUGAUGCUACAAAUCUUGAUGAUAUAUUUGAUCAUGAAGAUGAUGAACCAGAUUCAUCAAUGGAUGAUGAUGAUGAUGAUAAUAAUAAUAAUGAACAACAAUUAAAUGAUUUUGAGUCAAUACCAACUAUUCAAAAUGCUGAACAGUCCAAAGAAAAAAGUUCAACAUGCUAA